GAGUCACGUUACUUCCUGGUUUGAGACGCCAGUGGUUGGAGAAACUGCGUGGCUGAAAAAAGAACUGACACGUGGAUCAUCAUCAACACUUCAGGAAUCAGGAAAAAGCAGAAAUUCGUCCCGCUGCGUUACAGCAGCUGUGAAAGCCGAGAGUCCGCUGGUUUCUGCUGGUCGCUGGAGCGCUGUGUUUGCGGCAGGGAUGUUAUAAGGAGAUGCUUCCGCGAAGAAACUGGGAUAGAAACAUAUUGUUUUCAUUGCUUUGCUCUUUUGCCUAUUACGCUCGCAAAGACUGACCCGAGAGAACAUCAGAGCAGAUAGUCACAAACGAAUAUAUUUGUCGUUGAAUGGCAAUUUUACAAAAACAUGGAAAGAACUCUUGUCCAGAUUUGGCCAGUAUUAAGGAGAAUCCCUCAGAAAAUAUCGGACAAGCUGGAUCACAGAAGAAGUGGCCAGAGUCAAGUCAGACCUGGACAAGGCCAGUAGCGAGGAUAUGGACGGUGGUGUUGUUGCUGGGCACAUGUUUGCUGUACUGUGCCCGUGUAGCCAUGCCUAUCUGUGCGGUGAGCAUGGCAGAGCGCUUCAACUGGUCUAAGAGAGAGACGGGCAUGGUGUUGGGCAGCUUCUUCUGGGGUUACUGCUUCACUCAGGUCCUUGGAGGCUACGUCAGUGACAGGGUGGGAGGAGAGAAAGUGAUGCUGUUGUCAGCGGCAGCAUGGGGAGCAAUGACAGCCUUCACUCCGAUCUUAGCCCAUUUCUGCUCCCAGCCCAUCGUCUCCAUGACGGUCUCCCGCUUCCUCAUGGGCCUUCUGCAGGGUGUUCACUACCCGUCUCUGGCCAGUCUGUGCUCUCAGAAGGUGGUGGAGAGUGAGAGGGGUUUCCUCAUGAGCACAGUAGGAAGUGGCUCAUACCUGGGGACUCUGGUGAUUGGAGGUCUCGGCUCUCUCAUGCUGGACUUGUACGGCUGGGAGAGUGUGUUUUACGCCUCUGGGCUUCUGUCUGUGCUGUGGGCGUACUGCAUGUGGAAGUAUCUGCUCAAAGGAGAGGGUCCCAUCAUCACACUGGAGUCUCUGGGCAGCACUGGAAGCCAGUCCAAACUGUCUAAGAGAAACUGGCUGCGUCUCUUCAGACAGCCAGCUGUGUGUGCCGUCAUUAUUACACACUUGUGCACCGCCAGCACCUUCUUCACACUGCUGUCAUGGCUGCCAACGUAUUUCAAGGACACCUUCCCUGAUGCCAAGGGUUGGGUGUUUAACGUGAUCCCAUGGUUUGUGGCCAUCCCCUCUUCCCUGUUUAGUGGAUGCCUUUCAGACCAUCUAAUCAGUCAGGGUUUUGACACUGCGUCGGUGAGGAAACUCAUGCAGUUCUUCUCUAUGGGCGUUUCCAGUGUGUUUACUUUGUUACUGUGCGGGACCAGUACGUUUUCCACAGCUGUGGCUUUCGUGUCUGCUACGAUGGGCCUCACCACAUUCAGCCACAGUGGGGUUUCAGUGAAUGUUCAAGAUCUCGCUCCAUCCUGUGCUGGGGCUCUGUUUGGGGUGAUGAAUACAUGUGGAGCUUUUACAGGGGUCAUCAUGGUGUAUCUCUCAGGGUAUCUGAUCGAGGCCAGUGGUUCCUGGGCAUCAGUAUUCGGCCUCAUCACAGUAGUGAAUCUGCUGGGUUUAGCCACGUUCUUAAGCUUCGCACAAGCUCGCAGAGUGGACAUAGAUCUAGCGAAGGGCCGUCACCACAACAUCCACAUCUGAGAGCACAGGGGCCUGGAGCAGAGCAACACCGUCAGGAUACGGAGCUUAUGGAUCAGCUGAGUUUUGUGUAUGAGGGGUGGGAAGGACAUGGAGAAAUGACUGGCUCUGAGAAAAAGGGGGACAUCCUCAACAGUCACUGGUUUCUUCACUAUGGAAGCUAUGUUACUCUCUUUGGCUGAAGAGAAUGUUGGAAAAGCUUUAGGAGAUACUUCAUAGAUCUGUAAUUGUUUACUAGGAGCCGCAGGAUGAAGAGUGUUAAGUAUUUUGUUACGGUUCAUUCAUUUCUAUCUUAUCCUCUAGCACUUGUGUUAGUGUGACCAAAGCAUUUCAGAAACCUGCAGUACGCCGUCCAUUUAAUCAGAUGAAGACCAAAAGCUAGAGUUUGACAGUCUGGGAAUUGACAGUGUUUAUUAAAUUAUUAAUAGCAUGUUAUUUUAAAAUACCUCAUCUCAGAUGCGUUUCUUCCACAGAGUAUGAGCUGUUGAUAGAGAUUAGUGGGAAUUGUUACUGCAGACUUAUAGUUUGUCCCAUUUGGAAAAGAAAGUUACUGUCUGUUAAACGUGCUCUUGUGCGUCUUUUUGCUGUCCGACUCCUUAAAGCAUUUUCUUUGUGUCUGCUGUUGGGAAUAGUUUCUGAUCUUUGAAGGAAGUUUCGGUUUCAGCCUUUGAGACAAACUGCUAGUUUCUUUUUGUCUUUGACUGAUUUAAUUAUUAGGGACCUUUUCUCAGUGGGUCAUUUGUUUGGACCAAGAAGUUGCACAAUGAAAUGAAUGUAUCAUGGUGAUAAGCUUUAUUAUGUAUUGUAGAGACGAGACAAUCCUGAACGUGAUGGGAAUGAUUUGACCAAAAUCUAUUUCGAGUGCAUAUUUUGAAGUUCAGUUAUGUUGAAAGGGUUACAAAAGUAUAUUAUCUCAUAACUUGUGAUGUAGAUCUCUCAUUCCCCAGUUGUUACUGCUUUGAGAAGUAAUGUAAAUGUUACUGUUAGUUACAUAAAGAAUUGAAGGAAAAUGAGUUCCCAGGAAGGCUUAGUUUGCUUUAAUGGGUCUUAUUUCAAUGUGCAUUAAAACAUUUCUGCUGUUAUUGCAGGCCUACUGCUAGAGAAGAUCAUGGCAGAUUUGCAAAGAAACAGGAAAAAAAAAAACUUGAAUUAUUAUAUAACUCUCUUCUCUGCAAGGGACUCAAAAGAAAUUUAAUUUUUUUCCAGGACAUAGAAUCAUAAGAAAUAUGUUCACAAAGAUUAUUAUUUGUGAUUAAAAUCUUAUUUUAUGCAUAGAUUAGAUACCACUGUGUGUAUAGUAGACAAUAUUUCAGAAUACAUUUAUAUUUAUUGAUUUAGAGAAUAGAUUUAAAAUGCUUAUAUGAUUAUUGUCUAUGUCUACCAUAUCUAUAUUUGUAUGUUUUCUCUGGUUUCUUUCCUGUCAUGUUUUCUUGUUCUGGCUGAUGCAGCUUUAUAGAAAUGCCAUAUCGCAUAUAUUUUAUGUUUAAUGUGCUAUUGUUCUACGAUAGACUGUUCUGCAUAACUGGAUAAUAAUUGUGGGGCUUGUUUCACCAUCACAGCUGACAAUUACUUGCAUUUGAGUAGCGAUGAAGACGCUUUGCAUAUUUAAUACGCUUGCGUCAUUCCUUAUGAAACUUCUCUCACUCAAGACUAGGAAACACAAUAGAUGAGCUGUGAAUUAAUGCAAUGUCAUACUGUCCUGAGUUGCGGAUAAAAGAUUCUUUUGGAGACUAAUA